UUACAAAGUCAAGCAAGCAACGCAUAAACAAUCAAAAAGAAAGGUCACACAGCUCAGCUAAUCUCCAAUAUCCAAUCUCUGUUCUCCAUUAUUCUCCAAAUUCAAACAUCACCCUUUAACGAAAGAAGCCGUCUUUGAACCAAACCUGCUCCCAAUUCCUACCUACAAUUCUUAUCUCUUUGUUCAAUCACCACCUAACCUUGAACCUUUCUCUCUCUCUCUCUCUCUCUCUCCCUCUCUGAUGGUUUUGCUUUGGUGUUUUCUUUGUCUGCAUAACCAAAUCCCUGUCUCUUGAAAUGGGUUUUCUUUAUAGAAAGCUAUUAGACGAUAGUAACAAUGGAAGCUUGUCGCCUUUCUGUGUAUACUGUCUUAACUUUGAUGUUCAAGGCUAUUGCCCACAAGACUGUCUAAAUUCCUGUCCGAGUAUCUGCCAUUACUCAUAUCCUCCGAUACCUCCACCAAGCAUCCCCUCCAAUGAUCAAUCAGGAAAAUCCAAUAAGAUCCCAACUUAUGUGAUCGCCAUAGGCACGGUUCUCGCCGCUGCUUUUAUUAUCGUUUGUUUUUUGGCUAUCUAUUCACGCUACUAUUUACGCCGGCGCAACUCAAGGAGGAGCACACGGCCACAAACUGAGGAGACCCAGGAUGAGUUUUUUGAUGAAGAAGAAGGACCUAUCAUUGACCAUCCCAUCUGGUACAUACGCACCGUUGGUCUACAACCAUCAGUUAUAAGUUCAAUCAGGGUUUGCAAGUAUAAGAGAGGUGAUGGUCUUGUUGAAGGAACAGAGUGCUCUGUUUGCUUGGGUGAGUUUGAAGAAGAUGAGAGUCUUAGACUGUUACCCAAGUGUAAUCAUGCUUUUCACCUCCCUUGUAUUGAUACUUGGCUUCGAUCACACACCAAUUGCCCCAUGUGCCGUGCGCCUAUCAUCAGAAGCACGUCCAUGACGCCGGUGCCAGAGCCUGAGGUCGAGAAUUUAGAUGCAGGGGAAGAAGCCCAAGUGGAGAUUUCACAUAGUAGUAGUGAAUCCGAUCGGGACAUUGAAGAAGAGGUUUGUGAGUUAAGGAUUGGUGUAGAGGAAGAAGGUGGAUCAGUGUCUGAGAAUGGUGAGAAAAGAUGUGGGAAUUCAAAUGUGGAAGUGAAUGACAUACAACCAUUGAGAAGAUCAGUUUCCUUGGACUCUAUGUCAGCUUCAAGGAUCAGUCUUGCUGUUGCUAAUAUUGUUCCAGUAAAGUCUGCUGGAAAUUCAGAAACCCAAUUGGUAAAAUUGAAUGAAAACACAAGAGUUGUUGGAAAUAGAGGUGAUGGGAAUAGGAAUUUGAUGAGAUUAUUGGGUAGUUCUUCAAAAGCGAGAUUGCUGCCAAAUAGGCCUAUUUUCAUGAAGAGAUCUGUUUCCUGGAGUGGGAAAUUCAAGUUAGGCAACUAUAGCCAGAGCCGAAACUUGGUUUUGCGAAGCUUUUGAUCUUGCUCAUGUUGUCAAGUAAGUAUUCUGAAAAAAUUGAUGUGUCACAAGUUCUUGCUAAGCUGAGAUGUUACAGAAUUUUACUUUUAUGUGUCUGAUACUAUGUAAUAAAGUCAUAGUCAUAAGGUCCCAAAGUGUAUAGUGACAAGAGGAAAUUGAGAUUGAUCCAAAAGUGGGAUUCAUCUCAGAUGUUCAUUUCUGUAUUUGUCAACUUUCAAGUUUUCAAAGGGAGCUCAACAAUUGUGACUUAUUUUCAAUUUACCAUGGCGGAGUAAUCAUGAUGGUAGUGUGGGAUUUUGC